AUGGCCUCCAUCCCAGCCACCCUGGCAGACUCAAACCCUGACGACGCCAGAGCACAUGCGCAGUUCACGGCCAGUCUCCGAAUAGUCGGCACGAUGACUGUCGGCGGGAUUUUCUACGGCUUCAUGACAACCACUGCAGCCCUAUGUGCACACUCCCUCGUACAGACACGCCAGAGCCGCUCGCGGAGGCACCUGGCCUUCCUUCUGGUAUACAUCUGUGUGCUUUGGGCGGCGGGGACAGUGCUAAUCGGGGGUAUGUCGGGGACCUGCAUCGACACUUUCGUGGUCCACGCGUCAACCUCCCUCGAGAGCCCGUACAUGCAGGAUCCCGCCUUAGGAGGGUCUACGAUGAUCGCGUCUAUUGCGUAUUGGGUAAUUCUCAUGCUUUCGGAUGGGAUGAUGAUUUGGCGUUUCAAAGUUAUAUGGGCAACCUCGAGUCUUUCUCGUUACCUCAUAGCAGUUCCUAUCGCCUUUUACCUGUCAGCCUCAAUUCUCGGCUUCUUCACUUAUGUCAUCUUUGGUACCCGCCCACUCAUAGCUGGCCCCAGCAACGUUAACCCGCGUCUUAUCGCCGCCAUGAUGAUGUCCUCGUUUAUCCUCAAUAUAUAUAUCACCGGCCUCAUAGCAGGACGUCUCUUCCUAUACAGACGUCGGUUCAAAGUCAACUGGGGAUCACCCGACGAAAAGCAUUAUACGUCCAUUGGCCCGAUACUCCUUGAGUCUUACCUCCCUCUAACCAUUUUCACCAUCCCGUAUUUUGUCACGUACCUCCUCAAUAAUCCGGCUUUGUUCAUGACGACCGCGAUCCUCAGUCAGAUGCAGAUUUCUGCCCCGCUCAUGGUCAUGCUUCGGGUCUCACGCGGUGUCUCAUGGGAUUUUUCCCCGAGUCCACAGUCGGUAGAGGACACGAUCAAUAGAGCGCUCGAAGCUCACGACCUAUGGGCGGUGCAUGCAGAGCUCGUGCACGACCAUGCUUCUUCUCUGCACCAGGCUUCUAUUGUCCGUUUGCCUCCCCCCCUCACCGCGUUACUCUCCCUCAAACGCGUCCUCAGCCCUUGGGGCAUGGCCUCCACCUCAAGCACUCCUGCGGACUCGGACCCUGAUCAAGCUAGAGCGCAAGCGGCGUUCACCGCAAGCCUCCGUGUCAUAGGCUCAAUGACAGUUGGCGGCACAUUCUACGGUUUCAUGUCCACCGCGGCAGCCCUAUGUGCGCAUUCGCUCAUCCAGACACGGCAAUCACGCUCGCAGAGAAGCCUCGCGUUCCUCCUUGUAUACGUAGGCACGCUCUGGUUGGCGGGUACGGCGUUGGUCGCGGGCAUGUCAGGAAUAACCAUCGAGACGUACGUAAUUCACGCGUCAACCUCGCUCGAGAGCCCGUACAUGCAGGAUCUCGCUCCGGGUGGUUUCACGACGGCCUCGGAUAUCCCUUUCUGGAUAAUCUGCAUGCUUUCGGACGGUAUGAUGGUCUGGCGGUUCAAGGUCGUUUGGUCAAUGUCGCGUUUUUAUCGCUACCUUAUGGUUGGACCCGUAAUUCUCUGGUCGGGAACGUCAAUCCUCGGCUUCUUCGCAUUCAUUAUCUACAGCAACCUCCCAGUCACGGCCAACAACUGUACUAUCAACUUGUAUCUCGUCGCCGGGAUGUUUGUAUCCUCGUUCUGCCUCAAUGUAUAUGUUACCGCCCUUAUAGCAGGUCGUCUCUAUCUUUACAGGCGUCGCUUCAAAGAAAAUUGGGGAUCACCCGACUCACGCCACUACUCGUCCAUGGGCGUCAUACUAAUCGAGUCUUAUGUACCCCUGACGAUCUGCACCAUCCCGCUCUUGGCGACGUACCUCACGAACCACCCAGCCGAGUUUAUGGUAGCGCUGAUUCUCGGCGAGAUGCAGAUCAUCGCACCGCUUGUGGUCAUGAUCCGGGUCUCGCGCGGGGUUGCAUGGGAUUCGUCGACGGCGCCACAGUCGCUGGAGGACGCGGUGGACAGGAUGAUCGAAGCUCACGAGCUGCGAACGGCGCAGGAGGUGGUUUGAAGAAGUGAACCCGGUUGGCGCUUGGUCAUGGAGACAGGUAAACAACAACACUUCGAGUCCUGCCCCAUGUAUUGCAGUAGUUCGUGCUGAGCAGUAUUCUGCCAAUCAGCAGGCUCUAUCGCAAUAGGUGGACGCGUGACGCGGCCGGCUCAGAGCACAUAUGGACUUGUCGUACAUUACUUUUCGAGAAUCAUGGGAUUCGUCUACGCUAAUAACAUAGUAUUGUACAAACUCAUGUUUUCGUAUCCGCACACCUUUGUUUCCAGCCCACGUUUGCCUUUCAGUUACGGGGGCCCUAAUCAACAC